AUGGCAGAGUCCAAGAACACCCGGCGCAACCUCACCAUCGCUGCGGCAACGGCCGCGCUGGCCGCGUCGCUGGCGGCCACGGGGCCGAAAGAGGGUCGCUUGGCAGCUGCGCCGCCAGCGACGCCAGCGGCAGCUGCAGCAGGUGCUGGCAUCUCGGAUGCCAUCGACGCCAUCAAUGCUGCAGACCCUCGCGAGGACGAGCUCCAGGUCGGUGAGGAGCUUGAGAAGGCCGGGGCGAUGAAGGAGGACACCCGGCCGAAGGAGUGGCUCUAUGGCAAGCGCAUGAGCCGACGAUUGAGCAUCUUCGCCCCGAACUGCUCUGACGUCGUCAAGAUCGCUGCCCGCUCGCAGCACGUGAAGCGGUGGGUCUCCGAGCGCAAGGAUUAUCCGGAGGGCACUGCUGGCUACAAGCAGUGGCGACAGGAGCUCGGGAGGAUGCAUGGCAAGAUCGCUUCCGAGGAAAUGCUCAAGGCGGGCUACAGUGAGAAGGAAGCAAAGCGGGUCACCACUCUCCUGACGAAGAAGGACAUCAAGAAAGAUGCAGAUGUCCAACUCCUUGAAGAUGUGAUCUGCCUCGUUUUCAUCGAGUACUACUGGAUUCCGUUCUCCAAGAAGCACGUGACGGAGCCUGGCAAGGAUGCCCUGGGCGAGAUGAACGCCACACAGAUGUCAUAUGCUUUCUCGGGCAAAUUGGAGCAGCAGGAAUGCCACAAGUUCGACAAGAUCGUGAAACAGAAGGUACUGUCGGUGCUGCAGAUCGGCGCACGCGGCCUCGCGGCUGGCGCGCUGCGCCACCGGGUCCGUGGCCCUGUGAAUGAGUCCACGCUGGCCCUGGCGUCAGCCCCGCUGGCGGCCCACAUCGACCUCUCCUGUCUGGUCUUCUUCUGCCUGGGUACGAAGCCGGAGACCGUGGCCUCGGUGGCCGGCGGUGCCCUGGGCCUCCACGGCAUGUGCCCAGUUUACAUUGCAGACUGCUACGGCAUCAUCGGUUGGGACAAGAAGGAAAAGCGGAAUGUCGAACUCAUGGAGGAGGGCAGGGGCUCCGAGUACGGCAAGCCCGGAGGCCAAGGCGGUGAGGGCGUUGUCGUCGCGGCGUUUCGGGGCGGCGGCCAUGCGGCUGGCGACGCCGGUGGCGUGCACAUGGUCGUGAGUUCCCACGGCAAGGCAAAGCUCCAAGCCGCGAAGGAUGGAGAGGGUGUGAGCUAUGGCGGCUAUGCCAAGGCAGUUGCGCUAGACCUCGCGAAGGGCAAGAAGCGCAAAGACAGCCUCGUUGUCCUGAAUGGCAACCAGCAGAAGAACCUCCGAACUGGCCGCGAUGAGCCGCCGGCUCAGUCGCAGAAGCCUUGUCCAAGGCUCUUUCGGACGAGUACCUGUGACCAGGAGCUUCAGCGUCAGACACCUUGGAGCACAUGGGAGAUCUUCACGGCGACCCUGCCCAUUGCGAGCAGCAUCAACGAGAUUAUAGAGCAGAUGCAGGGAAACCACGCUCACCAGCAAUUGAGUCAUGGCUUUCAGAAGUAA